AUGCGUGGCAAAUCAAAAAGUUUCCUAGACAUAUUGUUGUUUUGUUUAGAUAUUGUUGUUACAAAAGAAUGUAAAGUUGGCACAAAGUUGUGUUUAAAAUGCUAUAAAAAAAUACUUUCAUUUGAAAAAUUUAAGUCGCUUGCCCUGAAAAAUGAUGCCUAUUUGCGGUCUUUAAAUUUAAACUUAGACAUAAAGAAUGAAGUAUUCCUCAUAGAAAACAUAAAAUAUGAGAAUAGCGACAACGAAUUUAGUAACAACAAUACUGAAACUGAAGAUGUGAAAGAUGAGAAGAAUUAUGAAUCUAUUCAAUCUGAUGAUGAGCUCCUUAGUGUUAUAAAGCAGAUUAAGUAUGAAAAUAUUACUGAAGAAAGCAAGGAAAAUGAUCUCAUUAAGACAGUAUAUACAAACAAAGAAAAGAAAAAAACUAAGGGUAAUGGUAAAAAUGGCCAAAUCUGUGAAGAGUGUGGAAAGUCAGUUAUAAACCUCAAAGACCAUAUAAGUAGGCACCAGUCUAUAAGUGAACGAAAAUGCAUAAAAUGCAAAGUCUGUGAUAAAUUAUUUUCCAGUUAUAGUGCAAGAUAUAGACAUCACAGAGUUAAGCAUUUAGGAAUAAAGCAACAUUGUGAUAUCUGUAAUAAAGAUGUAACUAGCCUCAAAGUGCAUCACCUUGUAGUGCACAAUACUAAGGAGUUACCAUAUGAGUGUGUGCCAUGUGGAAGGCGAUUCAUAUCUCAGUCUACACUCGACAUGCACACAACUAUACACACAAAGGAUCGACCGCACUGCUGUGAUCAAUGUGAUAAGAAAUUUCGGAAUAAGAUUACCAUGAUUCAACAUAAGCGGCAAGUGCAUGACAAAGAGAGAUCGCAUCUGUGUCAAUUUUGUUCUAAGAGUUUCUUCAAAAAGUAUCAUUUGCAGAUACAUUUAAGGAGCCAUACAAAAGAAAAGCCAUUUCAAUGCAGCGAAUGUAAAAAGUGGUUCUCCUCCCGAACCUCACUGAAUAACCACCAACUUAUCCACAACGACGUCAAAAUGUUCGGCUGUACUCAGUGCGGUAUGACAUUCUCAAAACCAGGUUACUUACGUAAACAUAUGAUAAGUCACACCAAAGAGAAGCGAUACUCAUGCAAAUAUUGCGGAGCCCGCUACGGACGCUCGGAUCAUUGCAAGCGGCAUGAGUUCUCGGCGCAUGAACGAAGUCAUGGCUUAAUGCUAAAGAAAUAA